AUGGCACAAAGUCGUUCUAUGGAAUCCCGCACUGGCAGGACAAAUCAAAGAUAUGGCGCUAAAGGAGAGAGACUCGUGGCUGGCGUUGUGCCGCUGUCUGCCGAUAAAACUAAAGUCUUGAUGAUACAAUCUGCUGGGCCUGGAGGCUGGGUGCUCCCAAAAGGAGGUUGGGAGACCGAUGAGGAAACAGCUCAGCAGGCAGCCUGCCGGGAGGCAUGGGAAGAAGCUGGAGUCAUCUGCACCGUCCAGAAAGAUCUGGGAACCAUACCAGACAUGCGCCCCCCAGCGCUGGUCACGGCGCAAGCGCCCAAGGCCUCUUAUCAGUUCUUUGAGGUCAUUGUGGAGCGCGAAGAACCUCAGUGGCCUGAGAUGCACAAGCGAAAACGACAAUGGGUCACUUACGCACAAGCAGCGUCCGCGCUGGUCAGUCGCCCUGAGCUGUUAGAAGCCUUAAAUCGCAGCUCUUUGAAACGAUAG